GAAAGGCGCUGGGCGCCUCAGCCCGAGAGCGGCGCUGUCAGAACUGGUGGCGUGCGGCGCAAAGUCGGGUUGCGCGCAGCGGAGGAACCCAGAACCGACCCAACUUCGCAGGAGUUUAGCUCACCUUCUUAAGCCAUGCCCUCCACGGCCGGCCGGGUUUUGCUCGGAGGAGGCGGCGGCGGCAGCUCCUCUAUACACGCUAUCCCGGGAACUCCGGUAGCCGCGUGGUCCGGGCGCAGCGAGGCGCCCGCAGCCACCUCUCGCUAAAACCAGAGGCGUCGCCAAGACUCCGGGUUGUUCGAGGAGGCGCACCGCCGCGCGCUCUUCGCUUUACCGGGACAGCAGAGCCGCCGUUCCCGCCUCGUGGACGGCGAAGGGGGGCGGGAAGGGGGGGUGAAGAGACCGAGAGAACCCGGAGAGCGUCCGCCUGCCCGAGGAGAAGCCGGGCGGAACAGCCGGACCCCGCCCUUCCUGGCCCCGCUCACCGGGGACUGAAGGCAGCCGGACCCACCGUUUCCCGCCCGCGCCCCCCUUCUGAUUCUGCCCCCCCCAAGCCAUGACCUUUGGCCGGGGUGGCCCGCCGGUGGUGGUGCUGAACGUGGGGGGCACCCGCUACUCUUUCGCUCGGGAGGUGCUGAAGGACUUUCCCCUCCAGCGGGUGAGCCGCCUGCACGGCUGCCUGUCGGAGCAAGACGUGCUCGAAGUGUGCGACGACUACGACCGCGAGCGGAACGAAUACUUCUUCGACCGGCACUCCGAAGCCUUCGGCUUUAUCCUGCUCUAUGUGCGCUACGGCCAUCUGCGCUUCGUGCCCCACAUGUGUGAACUCUCCUUCUACAACGAGAUGAUCUACUGGGGCCUGGAGGGAUCCCAUCUGGACUAUUGCUGCCAGCGCCGGCUAGACGACCGCAUGUCCGAUACUUAUACCUUCUAUUCGGCAGAAGACAUCCGGACGGAGCCCUCCGGAGGCGGGAGUGGCAGUGGCAAAAGCAGCGGCCAGCCCCAGCCUCCCCAGGGCCAGGAGAGCGGGGAUGCUGUGGCCCCACCUGGCGCCGGGGAGAAGAAAUGGCUGGAAAGGAUGAGGAGAACUUUCGAGGACCCUACCUCGUCGGUGGCCGCCCAGAUCCUGGCCACCGUUUCCAUCCUAUUCGUCAUCGUCUCCAUGGUGGUGCUGUGUGCCAGCACCAUGCCAGAGUGGCGAACAGCUGAGAACCGAAGCCUGGAGGAGCAGAGCAGGUACACAGCAGACUCAAUCAGGGAGCCUUCAGGGAUAAUUGAAGCAAUUUGCAUCGGCUGGUUCACGGCAGAGUGCAUUGUGAGGUUCAUUGUCUCCAAAGACAAGUGUGAGUUUGUUAAGAGACCACUGAACAUCAUUGACUUGCUGGCUAUCACUCCGUAUUAUAUUUCUGUGCUGAUGACAAUUUUUACAGGGGAGAAUUCUCAGCUUCAGAGGGCUGGAGUCACCUUACGGGUUCUGAGAAUGAUGAGGAUUUUUUGGGUAAUUAAAUUGGCCCGCCACUUCAUCGGCCUUCAGACACUUGGCCUGACUUUGAAGAGAUGCUACAGGGAGAUGGUGAUGCUGCUCGUCUUCGUUUGUGUUGCGAUGGCAAUUUUCAGUGCUCUUGCCCAGCUUCUUGAACACGGACUGAAAAUAGGAAAACCCAAUGAAGGCUAUGCGAGCAUUCCUGCUGCUUGUUGGUGGGUUAUCAUCUCCAUGACCACAGUUGGUUAUGGGGAUGUUUGUCCUAUCACAGUACCUGGAAGGAUUCUUGGAGGGAUUUGUGUAGUUAGUGGAAUUGUUUUGUUAGCCCUGCCUAUUACAUUCAUCUACCACAGCUUUGUCCAGUGUUACCAUGAGCUCAAGUUCCGGUCUGCUAGAUGUAGCAGGAGUCUUUCUGCGGAAUUUUUAAAUUAACAAAUAGCACAUAUUGCAUUUCAUAGCAGAACUUAAAAUAUUGAAGAAAGUAGUAAGUUCUUCUUCAUCGUUUUUCAUCUUGGUGUCUGAGGAAUUAUGAAGCUGGUACAAUACUCUAUGACUUAAGAGGAAUAUCUCCCUACUCUGUUUGAGGGAUGGUCACUUGCUCUUCAUCUCAGAAGACCUGAGAUUCAUAAGGGAGAAAACAUCUUCAUUUUCAUAGUCUCAGCGGUUGUGAAUGUUUCCAACUCAUUUCUCCAAAUCCUGAGAAGUCCUAGAUCAUGGGUGUCAAACUCUCCGCAUCACGUGAUGUGUCAUGAUGUAUCACGACUUUUUGCAUUGCCGGAGCUGGGGCGGGUGCGGCCUCCGCAUGAUGCAAUUAGUCCACGGGCCGGCAAUUUGAUACCCCUGUCUAGAUAGUAUAGUAUAUUGUGUCUGUGUUUUUAAAAUACUCUUUUGAUUUUGAAAUGCAUUUUAAAUGACAUAUCAAUAAGAAGUGUCCAACUUUUAAUUACCAGGACCACAUGUGACGGCAUGUGAAUUGUUAAGGGCCAGGAUAUUGGGAUGCAAAGGGGCAGAGCCAAGAUAUUCUUUCCUCCCCCUUCAAAGUUUUGAUCAGAAAAGAAGAGUUGCUGUUAUUUUACAAACCAUGAUAAGUCUAUUUUAGGGCAUUCUGGAGAUAUGUCUCAUGUCAAAAUCGCAGAAAACGAUGCCACCAAUUUUUAAUAACUGUAGUCAGAGGUGGAUUCGGAGCUACAAAACAAAUAGUCUCAGGAUGGAGGGGCAAAUAUAUUCUCUGAAGGCUUAAAUUGCUCCCUUCAUAGAUACAAGCAAACAUACUCACCCAAAUACAUGUUUAUUUUUUUUAAAAAAAAAUACUGGUCAGAUCCAUGUUUACGUAGAAGAAAUCCAUGAAAAUGACUGAAAUUUGUUAGCUAUCACUAUUUUGUGCAAUUUAUUUCAUUGCAUUUUUUCCUAAGUACAAUUUAAUCUGUAUCCGACAUAAUACAUACGGGUCUUGGUUUCAGUAUAAGGAACAAAGUGACUGGUAUUGUACACUAAGAAUUAUGGGGAGAAUUGUGAUUCUUUAUUUUGAAACUUACAUGAAAACUAUUCUUGAAAGUUGGGUAUCUUGAUUUAGUGUGGGAGGACAAGCUGCUUUUCUGUGAGGAAAAAGCUACCGUAUUUUCCGGCAUAUAAGACGACUUUUUAAACCCUGAAAAUCUUCUCAAAAGUUGGGGGUCGUCUUAUACGCAGGAAUAUAUGGGUAGCUGUUCUCUAAAUUUAAAACCA